AUUUGGGAUAUAUAUCUCUCUACGGACUGGCACCCAGACGAGCACACAGAGAGAGGAAGCGAUGUCCUAUACGUCCAAACUUCCUGCGUCCUGGAACGAUGCGCCUCCUCCCCGGAGAGUGGAGAUCGACCUCAGCUCGCCCGGCCUCGCCGUGUUUGAACUGGAACGACUUUUAUUUACCGGCAGAGCCAUCAUCAGCCACGCUGACGAAGUCUGGCCCAGGCUUUACAUCGGGGACCAGGACAGUGCGGAGAACCGAGCGGACCUGUCGAGGCAUCGAGUGACUCACAUCCUGAACGCCGCUCACAGUAAACGGCGAGGAGCUCCGGGCUUCUACGCCGACUUGGACGUGUCCUACAUGGGCGUAGAGGCCCACGACUCCUGCAGCUUCGACAUGAGCGUCAACUUCCUGCCGGCGGCAGAGUUCAUCCACAGAGCGCUCAGCAGGGGGGGUAAAGUGUUGGUUCACUGCCACGUGGGAGUGAGCCGCUCCGCCACCCUGGUCCUGGCCUACCUGAUGCUGAAGCAGAACCUGACCCUGGUGGAGGCCAUUUGUGCCGUGAAAGAUAACCGCGGUGUCAUCCCGAACCGAGGUUUCCUCCGUCAGCUCAUCAAACUGGACCGCCAGCUCUUCGGCACGCACUGA